AGACUCCAUUCACCCUUUCUCUCUUCUCACCAACGUCAAGCGACCCUUCCCUAGCCGUCGGCCUUGGCCUCCGCCGCUGACUGCUUAUCCUCGUGCCCACCGCCGGCUGGGUCGUACGUGGUGACGGGCUCAUGGUCAUCUCGUCGGAGACGCCAUCCAGGCCGCCGGAUCCCGUAGCGGGUUCGGCGGCCGCGGCCACAACGGAAGCUACGCCCGCUCGAGGAGAGACGCAGGAUAGCCUCCUUCACAACCUUUCCUUCCCGAUCUUGAAGACAUGGGGCAGCCACCGGGUGCUCCGUUGCAUGAGCGUGAACGGCAAGAGGGAGAUCGUCGCCGGCACCGGACGGAGAUCGGAGGCGCCGGAGUCGCCGACCCGCGCCCAGGAGAGUGACUGCGGCGGAGACCCCGGGAUCGAGGAGGUCAGGGAGAAGCUGCUGGUUCAUCUUCGGGAGGCGGCGGACCGGAUGAGGCUGGUGGUCCCGCUUCCGACCAAGGGUAGGGGAGGCGAUGCAGAGCAGCCACCGGCCCCGGCGUCAGAGGUGAGCAUCGAUUCCGACGCCAACUCGUCGAAGGCGCCGGCGGUGCGUCCUUGGAACCUGAGGACGAGGCGGAGGGCCGCAAGGGUUCCGAUGGGGAUCGAGCGGCACCUGAGCGCGCCGCCGCCAGGCGCGGCGGAGAAGAGGACGGUGCGGCUCAGGUCAGAGGCCCCGGAGCGGCGGGAGUGGCCCAGGUUCUCCAUCUCGCUGACGAGAGAGGAGAUCGAGGAGGACAUCUACGCGGUCACGGGGUGCAGGGCCCGCCGCCGGCCAAGAAAGCGGGCGAGGGUCGUCCAAAAGCAACUCGACUCGUCGUUCCCGGGGUUAUGGCUGUCGGAGAUCACCAUCGACUCCUACAGGGUUCCUGAUCAGAGGUAAGCUUUCCUUGGGUGACAUGAUUGCAUUUUUCUCCGCCAAGCAUCCCUUUCCAGCUGCAUGGAGUAAGCAAAAUCCAUUCAUUCCUUCAACCUCAUAUGAAUCCUCGUUGUGUGCAAUUGUUCCCGUCUGUCUGUCUGUCUCCGAUCAUUUGUAAUGGACUAAGGUUACCAGUCAGUGUGUUCAUUAAAUGUGUGCUUCCCCUUCAUUGCAAA